ACACAUUUCUGUACUUUUUACAGUAAUUUAUCUGCUCUAGCUGUAUUUCUAUAAUUGUUAAAUAUGUUGGUGAUUGAUAAUAAAGAGUGAAUAAGUGUUUUAAAAAGAAAAUUGUGUUGUGGUGGUAUAGUGUGUUCUUAACAGGCUCGGGUAUAACAUCAUCUAACUACCCAGAUACAUGGGCAUAUUCUAGUGAAUCCCUACACUUUGCUAUGUAAGGCAAAAUGUGUUUAUAUGGUUGCCUAAUGAAGUGAGGAAAGAUGCCUGGCCAAGUCUGCUACCACUGUUUUCAUAUUAUCAACAUGUCAGUAAUUUUUCCUAUAGGUUUUUCAGUAUAUACUGCUCUGAUUUUCAGGAAACUAACACACACAUUAUGAGAGGGUUUACUGUAAUAUUAUUCUGGAUUUUCUCUCACAUGUUAUUUCCAAUUUUUGACAGUUACGUAACAAUCAAAGUAUAUCUGUUGAUAACCAAAGCAGUCCUGAGCCUCCAGAACUUAUACCUCCACUUACGCUAGUCGCUCCCUGGUGCUUCAGAGCCCUGACUUUACCGCCCCCAUUUCACCGGGGUAAAACUUUGGCGUACCGAUUACUAUGCAUGAUGAUUGUGCGGCAGCAUGAUCUUCAGCCUCCCCGCGACAUACUCACACAUUUCUAUAGAAUAUUACAUCAGGGUCUUGUUGGUCAAGACCAGGAAAUUAUUAAUACUCUAGUGGCAGAGUGUGGACCAAGCUUCUUUUCCCUGAGUCUGCCAGGUGCUACAAUGCUCACCCUUGAUUUCAUUUUUGCCACAAACACAGUCAUCACAUCUCCUGAUACCAAAGUUCAAGCUCCUAGACUUGAGGCCCUUAGUCUACUUGGGUCCUUACUGCCUCUGUCCUUGCUCUACCCGUCCAUGCCAGUUCUCCAGCCUUCAGCGGCGGACCUGGCUCUCAUGAAUUGCUCUGAUGUCAAGGAUCACUUAGUGAAUGUGUUGCUGAAGAGUGGUAAACGAGAUGGAUGGUGGCGCACGAGGUCAUUGGCUCUUAGCACUCUGGCCAUUUACCUCUACCAUGAACUGGCACACCAAACAUUCCACACCAAAGUAAACGAGGCAAUCAAUGUUCUACUAGCAUCACUGAAGCAAGCAGUAUCUUCAGUGCACCCAUCUAAGCAUCUGGCCCAGAGUAUUGAGAUUGGACGAUUAGUUGGGCAAGUAGCCGCUGAUCUGCUGCUUUUGUUAUGUGACCAUGCUGAGGCCUUUCUCACCCACUACCCAGAUAUUCCUACACGAAUUAUCCAGGUACUGUGCCAGACCCUUGGGGCAAUUGGAACAGACAUUAGCCUCACCACC